AAAUUACGUUCACUCAUGUCUUCAUGAAUGAAUUUAGACUUAGCUAAGUAAAGUACUAGUGGAGAAGAUGUUCAGGUGCUGAGCAUAUCUUUCUUAUCAGACAGAUUUCAGCUAAGCUAAGUAAGCCUGUUGUGACCUGUUUUAUGUAACAAAUGCAUUAAGCUUUGCCAGUAAAUUAUUGUAACAAUCGCUUCAUGUUUGCUGUCUGCAUGUAAGUCUGAGGGAAGAUCGAAUGAUGAACUGAACGUCAUAAGCCCUGUGAGAAAGUGGUGGUUAAUAAGUGGUUAGUAAUUGUUCUGGAGUAAAGUUUAAUGAAAAGACAGUAAUUAUUGUGUAUAAGAUAUUCAUAUGAUGUAUCUAAUUGAUAUGCAUAUUUUUACAAUCGUAGUUGUUAACUGAUGGAGGGGCAAACGGGAAGUGGAAGAUUGUUGCAGGUAGGCCUACAUAUUGAAAUUUACUGGGCCUAAAACCAAAAGCCUUUCCUGUCAUUUUACUUGUAGGUUGAUGCUAAUCCUGCUGCCAGCUGUACAUAUGAUUCUGACUGUUCAGAUGACAAAGUAUGUUGUGAAUCUGGGACAGGUUAUGUUUGCACAGUUCGCAGUGGAAACAAUGAUUCUCCAGAUAUCUGCCAACAAGAUGGGAUUGGAUGUACUGAAGAUGGUUUAUACCUACCAAAGCAGUGUGAUAGGGGAAGUGGAAUGUGUUGGUGUGCCUCUCAAUGUGGUUAUCCACAACCUAGUACCUACUCUGACGGUGUCUUGAGCUGCGCUGCUGAAAAUCCUCCUUGUCACAAAGAAAUUGCUGAGCUCUCACCAGUGGGAGGUCCAGUUCUUCCAGGGUCUUUUAGACCAAGGUGCAUGAGAGACGGCUUCUUCAACUCUACGCAAUGCUUAGGAUCUGUAUGCUGGUGUGUUGAUCGGUGCGGAAAGAAGUUCCAAGGAUCGGAGCAUCCCGUGUCUGCAGUAAGCAGCAGUGAUUGCGCAUUGAAAUGGAGAUGUGGAAGUGAUCCUUGCGAGUCGGCUACCUGUGAACCCUACCCACAAGCCACCUGUAGAGUGGAGGAGCGGUGCGGGAAGUGCCUUCCUGUUUUUAACAUCGGAGAUCAAGAUGUCUCUUGUUUGCAAGGUUCACAUAAAGUUGAGAAAGCUGGUGUCUGCCCAAAUUCGUCAUCCAUCCAAGUAGGCAGGGGGAUCUUUGUAUGCAGACAAGAUGCAGAUUGCUUUGGUGAUGACAAAUGCUGUUGGAAUGGAGGUGGCUUAGUGUGUACAGAUCCCAUACCCAAAACACACAAGGGACAGUGCCCUAGACCUUGGUUGUCUGAAUGUCUUAGUUAUCACAGGACAGAUCUUUGUCAGGAUGAUAGCCAGUGUCCUCGGCCGGAAAAAUGCUGUGAAUCUGGUUGCGGAAAAGCAUGCCGGCGUAUUUCAGACCAAGUUAAUGAAAAGGCAACUGUGGGAUACUUACUGAACAAAGCAGGGCAUUGCCCUUCUGUUACUGGGAUGAACUGCUCUACAAUCUUUGAAUGCAGCACUGACCAGGGAUGUGGCAGCAACUUGAAAUGUUGUAGCAAUGGUUGUGGCUUGGAAUGCGUCGAGCCGAUUAUUUUCGUAAAGUAUGGUCAGUGCCCUUGGGCAACAUAUGAGGAAAGGCAAUGUGGCGGUUUGUCAGGAGAUGAUAGAUGCAUACACGAUGAGGAUUGCCAUGGUAAUCAGAAGUGCUGCAGUGAUGGCUGCCAGAAGAUCUGCAUACAACCAUGGAAAUAUGCUAAACCUGGAGAGUGUCCCACUGUGUCUGACCAAGAUGAUGAUUCCAUUGACUGUUCUGUUGAUAUGGAUUGUCCUGAUGAGAUGAAAUGCUGUCAGGAUUCAACCACACAUCAACAAAAGUGUGCAAACCCACGAUCCCAAAUAACCUUGCCUGAGCAACCAGCUGAAUUCUGCUAUGACAAUAGACAACGCUAUCAUCAUGGUGAUGAGUGGUCACCUGACCGAUGCUCUGUUUGCCGUUGCUGGGCAGGUGUUAUUAAAUGCCUUAAACUAAGCUGUGUAUCCCCACCUGUAGGCUGCAAUGUUGUGUUUGUGGAAGGGAAAUGCUGUCCUGAUGUCAGAUGUUCAGGCAAUGAAACUGGAUUUGAUGACUGCAGUUCUUCGAGUGACGGGAACCACUUUCACCAAGAAGUUUGGUCAAGAGAUGCUUGUACACAGUGUACAUGUUUUGAUGGAGAAGUGACAUGCACUGUGCCAUCCUGUACUGCUCUAGCCUCUGCCAAUGGGACAAAGUGUCAGAGUGUUCCUCAGCCUGGGUCAUGCUGCCCUCGCUUGGUGUGUUCUAAAGAGGGAUCAGAAUUGGGUAAUCAUUGCUUUGAUACAAGUGGAGUAAUGCACCACACGAGUGACCGCUGGCAUGAGGAUCCCUGCACGGUAUGUCACUGCCAUGGCAACAAAGUGCAAUGCCUUGAUAGAAGCCAGAGGUGCCCUCGUCUGCCACACUCAUCAUGCCGUCUGAUAGAUGUCAAAGGUCAAUGCUGUCCGGAUAUAACGUGCCCUGUGAUUGGAGAAUAUGAUUUAGGAUGUGAGACUAGUGAUGCAUUCUGUCCGGCUAACUGUGAGUCUUGUCAAUGUGAUGUGAACACACUGAAGUGCAACUUGCCUGCGGAAAAUUGCUCUUUUAACCAGUCUCUGUGCUUCUCCAUAGACCAACAGGACAAUGCUUUAGAGUGUGCAGACACAGUGUGUAACAAAGGUCCGGAGAAAACCUGUAAUGUUAGUGGUGUAUUAUACUACGCUGGGGAGAGCUGGUCUCAGGACACCUGUACAUCAUGUGUGUGCCAGGAAAAUGUUUCUGUUUGUACGUCGCUACCCAUGUGUCCAGUGAUUGGGGCUGGUUGCCGGGCAACUUACAUCGAUGGACAGUGUUGCCCAAAUGUUGUUUGUAACACAACAGAAAGUGAUACCGAUUCAUGCAUUGGGGGUGGAGAAAGCCAUACACUUGGGGACAGUUGGUACCAGGAUCCAUGCACGAUUUGUAUUUGCCAAAAGGGCAUCGUGCACUGCACCAAGGUCCAGUGCCCCUCCCUGAAACCCAUGUCCGGGUGUCGACUGCUUCAUGUCAAGAAUGCUUGCUGUCCAAUCAGAACCUGUCAUCAGGGUGCUUCGUCUGCUGACAAUCUUGUUAUUACCAAUACACCUCUUCCAAUGGCUGCAUCCAUGCCUGAGCCCCAGUACAGGGAUAGAUAUCGCUUGGACUGGGGGAAGUGCAUCACUUUUGGUAUUUCUACAUUCUGCACCAGGGCUGUUUGUGCCCGUCCAAGUGAAAGAUGCAAUGAGAUUGCAUCAGAUGCAAGUGUUCUAUGCCCAUCUAUUGAUUGCCCAAGAGAUAAACCAGGCUCAUGUCCUCCAAUGCCCUCAGACAGUAGCGGACCAUGCAUUUCUCAGUGCCAUAAUGAUGCAGAUUGUGACGGAGCUUUGAAAUGUUGCUCUGCUGGCUGCUCACUGAGGUGUAUACAGCCCGUUCUGCCACAAGUUGUACCAUACCAACAACGCUGCAUAGACAGCUACGGGACACGCAGAUCGGAAGGGGAUAUCUGGUAUCAGGAUGCUUGCACCCAGUGUUCCUGUGUGAAUUUCUCAGUUGUUUGCAAGUCCAAGGAAUGCAUUCAACCUCCGCCAGGAUGCCAACUCCUAGACCCUUACAAGGAUGACUGCUGUGGGACUGUUGUUUGCCCUCACACUAUGGAAAGGAGCUGCUUCCAUCGUGGCCACUCCCACCCCCAUGGAAGCUACUGGUAUCCUGAUGACUGCCAGACCUGUCGAUGUGAAUUUGGGCGCGAGGUCUGCACCUCUUACCAGUGCUUGUUGACCACCCAGGAGGGCUGUAUCUUCCAGCUUCUCCCCAAUCGAUGCUGCCCAGAAAAGUUCUGCCAACCAAUUGAUGCUUGUACACACGAAGGCAUAGCACAUCUAAAUGGAGAGAAGUGGUACCAUUCGAUGUCUCAGGAAUGUAGCUGCAUCGAUGGCAACGUCAACUGCAUAACAAUUAACUGUCCAUUAUCUACCAAUGGACAAGAAUGCAUUAAUGGAGAGACUGGUGUGCAUGCAUUCUGUCAGGACAUAACCUGUCAAUCUUCAGCUGUGCAACCAGCCUGCAAGCAUCAAGGAACUAACAGAGCCGUUGGGGAGAUCUGGUUUACGGACCCUUGCACCUCAUGUACCUGUUUAUCAUCUCAGAAGGUGGUCUGCAUUACCAUAUCUUGUCAAUUUCAUGCUCUUGGACAGGGGUGCAGGGCUGUACCCGUAGAAGGCCUCUGCUGCCCCCAGAUUGUGUGCCAUGGAGUUCAUAGUUGCAUGUCUGGUAGUAUGGAGCACCUUCAAGGGGAAGUUUGGCAGGAAGAUGAUUGCACCUUCUGCAUUUGCCUCAAUGGACAUCAGAGAUGCACCCAAAAGAUUUGCCCAACACCAAAGCCACAUUGCCGUUACGCAAAGCCAAGGCCAGGCCAGUGCUGCAGGGAAAUUGUGUGCAUGCCAAUUGGAGCAAACUCAUGCCGGGACAGCCCGCUGUUAGAUAAGUUCUAUCUCAAUGACGAGGUCUGGAGAUACGACGCUUGUACCUUAGCGCAGUGUGAGAAUGGAGAAACCAUCGAGAUCAAAGAACGAUGUCCAUUUGUCAACCCUCCCCCAGGAUGUUUCCUUGUAGCAAUUCAAGGGCAGUGCUGCCCUCAUAUCGACUGCAGCCAGGGUAAACAAGGGCAAUGUCCUCUGCAAGGGGCGUACACCCAGUCAAGUGGCUUAGAUCUUUGCGUUCAUGAUGCAGAUUGUCCUGGUAGCAAGAAAUGUUGUCAUGAUGGGACCAGUCUGAAUUGUGUCAACCCUCUUACAAUUGAUCACCCUGGACAGUGCCCACCCAGCUUCGUGAGCAAGCUUCCCAUUGGUCAGGCCUGCAUCAUGGAAUGCUACUCCGACCGAGAUUGCCCCACCUACGAGAAGUGCUGCAUGUCACGUGGUUGUGGCAUGUCCUGCAAGCGACCGAUCGUCCUGACCAACCGUCGACCUCUGUCCAAUGUCACUGGACACCUCUGCAGCGUCCUGGAGAAUCUUGUCGGGAGCCAUACGACAGGCAAGUUCAGUAAGUGGUGGGGGGUUGGGUGCGGAAUGAAAUAGUAUACUUCAGUCAGUAUCAUCAUUAACCCAUCAACUACCGAAUGCUGCCAUCCCCCACGGGCUUCAAUGUGGUAACCAGCUGGUCCAUGUAAGCACUGGGUUAAAGGGAUACUCCACCCUGAAAUCAAAAUGAUAUGAAGAAAUGUUAUUGAAUUCAUGAAGCAAAACUGAACAUUU